AUGACAUUGGUAUUGGUAGUGCUAGAAAUAUACCCUAAGAAGGACCAUUCUGGAGGAAACUCGGAAUUAAAAAGCAAAAUCAAUGAUUUACUAGUUUACGGGAGCAGUGUUGAUGGCGUUCCCGGUCUGACUAACAAUCUGGUUGAUGGGGAUAAAUUCUCUGUUGGUAGUUUACAGUUCACUGCAAGGUUUACCCCCGGUCACACUGUUGGCCAUGCUGUUUACGUUCUUGAUGGUAAUCCCUAUCAAUGUCCUGGACACGUGUUUACCGGUGACCUUCUCUUUGUGGCUGGAUCAGGUCGUAUGUUUGAGUGUUCAGCCUCAACAAUGCUUCGAUCUCUAGAUAUAGUUAGUCAGCUUUCAGAUGAUACUCUGAUGUGGCCAGGUCAUGAGUAUGCACAAAAUAAUUUGACUUUUGUACAGCACAUUGAGCCAGAUAACGAAAAGGUUAAGGAGAAACUUGACUGGGUUAAUGAACAAAGGAAAGAGAGAAAAAUGACGAUUCCAUCAACCUUGAAAGAGGAGAAAGAAUACAAUCCGUUUCUACGGACACAUUCUCCUUCCAUUUUGGAAAUCGUUGGCUUAAAAAUUGAUGAAGAUGAUGACAAGGAUGCAAUUCGAGCAAAAGUCUUGCAAGAACUUCGCAUUCGCAAAGAUAAAUAUUCUUACAAACUGUAAAACACAUAAAUAAUAUCAGUGCAGUAUAAGAUUUCAUGUGCGAUUAUAUUGUAAAUCUAUUAUGCCCUACAAUUCACUAUUUUAUUUUAAAUGCAAAUAACUAAAUGCCUACUUAAUUGAUUUAAUUGCCCAUUUUUUUAUGCUUGAUAUUGGUUAUGUAUUUAAUGUUUACCAUAUUACCUCAAACAAUAUAAUUAUUAUUUUAUUAUUAUUAUUGUUAUUAUUAUUAUUAUUACUAUUAAUUAUUAUAUUAUCUUUUUAUUAUUGUUAUUAUUAUUAGUAUUUAUUAUUAUAUUAUCUUAUUAUUGUUAUUAUUAUUAUUAUUAUUGUUAUUAUUAUACUAUUGUUAUUUUGUUUCUUUUAUCCUUGCUUGCCUUUUUCCAUCUGAAAGUGAAGAACUUAGUGAAAGGCUGUGUUAUUACAAGCCACAUACGUUUUAAUAAUAAUAAUAAUAAUAAUAUGUCGCUUUUAUAUGGUGCUUCAUGCACAAUGCCUUUAAGCGUUUCACAUUACUACCCCAGUCAUUGGGAGUCCAAGCCACAACCGAUGCGCCAACUGCUUCUACGGUUAAUCAUCAGUCUGCAGCUGUUGUACACUUAUAUCAUCAAUAUAAUUAUAUGUGAUUUGUUGAUUUGUUCUGUAAAAUCAUAUCUUGUUUUAAUCUAGUUGCCAUUUUUGUCUUUUUUUUUAAAUGAGGUUUAUUACACA